AUGCAUCACACAACAUACCGUGCUAGAAGUCAAUUCCGGAAUACGAGACUUCUCUUUCAUGUCUAUACCCAAAAGAAGUUAGUGGAACAAUGUUUUAACAUAACGUAUCUUGGUCUCUUUUCAAAUACUGUUAAUAAAGAAACUCAUAUGCUAUUUAAUACAUGUUCCUUGUCCGAGAGAUCAUCGUGGUCAAAACAUUGUCCACAGUUCGAUAAUAUCCAAUUGAAAUGUCUACCGAUCGACAAUGGAUCCAAUAGUAUACGAUCUGUACCGAAUGCUUGUUUCACACGUGUCAGUCCAACCAGAAUAGACAAUCCCCGCGUAGUUUUAUUUUCUCUUGAUGCACUUAGUUUGCUAAAUAUUCGUCAUGAAGUUAACCAUCUUGAUGAACAAAACUGUAUAGAGAAAACAGGAGAAACAAAUCAUCUAGUUGAGUAUUUGUCAGGAAACAAAUUAUGGCCUGGUAGUGAUCCCACAGCUCAUUGUUAUUGCGGGUAUCAAUUUGGUAGUUUUGCUGGUCAACUUGGAGAUGCUCCUUUAUGGGGUUCGGACUGUCAAGCACCAGCGAGUUUAAUUCCUAGUCCAGAACUUCAAGAAUGGCAUAUGGCAAAUAAGGCAGCUGAAUUAUCACAUGAAAUGGGUAUUACACAUUGUGGUGCAUGGUUUAAACGUCGUAAACGUCAUUUUAAAGAUAAAUACAAAAAUAAACAUUCAGCUAUUUAUGAUCAAUUAGAUUUAGUUACUUAUGAAGAAGUUGUCAGAUUACCACAAUUUCGUCGUAGAACAUUAGUAUUACUUGGUGCACAUGGUGUUGGACGACGUCAUAUUAAUAAUUGUUUAAUUCAAUCAUCACCUGAUAAAUUUGCAUAUCCUAUUCCUCAUACAACUCGUACACCACGUAAAGAUGAAGUGAAUGGAAAAAAUUAUUAUUUUAUUUCACAUGAUGAAAUGAUACGUGAUAUUGCUAAUAAUGAAUACUUAGAAUAUGGUUCACAUGAAGGAGCAAUGUAUGGUACAAAAUUGGAUACAAUAAGACAAAUACAUGCAACUAGUUUAAUUGCUAUAUUGGAUGUUGAACCACAAGCAUUGAAAAUAUUACGUACUGCUGAAUUUGCUCCGUGA